AUGGAAAGCAUGGAUGCGCAAAUGGACUUGCAGAAACAUUACAAAGUUGACGCCGAUGGCAAACCCAUCGCCCUGCUUGUUUCAUCGCGGCCAUUCUCGAUAGAAGAUAUAAAGACCUGUGGAAUCUGCCGCGGCCACUUACGAGACAUUGCCAGAUAUGGUCGACUAGUUCGGCGAGCUCUUCUGGAUGAAUCCACGAAGAAGCUCAUUCUCCGUCUGAACCAAGAAUUCGUCCCCCUUGCACAACAACUCACUCGAGAAAGCCGGAAGCUUCGAGAAGUCGAUCUUCUAGAGAUGGCCAGGUGGCCAAAUAUCGAGAUCAAGGGCCAAAGCCAGGAACAACUGGAGGUGAUGCAGCCUGUCAUGAACAGCGCGAAGCCUCGGAGAUGGAACAAGAUGAUUGAGCUGCGAGAGCGGAUCAUGGAAUACGUUCGGGUUGUGAACCCUGAAGAACAGCCCUUUCAACGAGUUCGUGACAUGGUGAUCAAUGCGCAGCAACGCAAAACGACCACAGCGGACUUCAAGUUCGGAGACGAAAUCCUGCAAACUAAGGGAUUGCUUCAAGGAGCGGCUCUAAGUAUCCGACUUGAUCUGGCUCUGCUGUCAGAUUUUCUGGCGCUAGAAAAGUUAGCCAUUUACAAAGAAGCACCGCUCAAAAUUGACCUGAGAAUUCUGCGGAAUGAUUGCCGUCGUCUUACCCAUGAGGCUACCGCCAGCGAGCGGCGGGUACACCAGGUGGAAGGGUUUAUUUUUGAAGCCGAGCUUUAUGCCAUGGAACGCGCGUACGUGUCCGAGGAGCUAGGCACAAGCCAUCUACAGAAUGGCCUUCUUUGCAUUUCUAAGGCGCGAAAACUUUGCGAGGAAUACUCCGGUCAAACAAGUGGACUGGCCAGCGAGAUUGAUAACGCCAAAAAGAUGCUUCAAGGGGGUACAUUCUAUGCUGGGAUCAGCAGCACGGAGCGCAUGGCAAUCAUUUCAGUCAUGGCUCAGGACUUUACGGGGACAGGACACUGGUACUAUUGUCGCAAUGGCCAUCCGUUCACCAUUGGAGAAUGUGGAGGAGCUGUGGAGUUGGCCUCGUGCCCGGAAUGCGGCGCUCAAAUCGGAGGGCAAGAGCAUUUGCCAGCGCCAGGAGUCGUUCGGGCGGAGGACUUUGACGUGGAUUUGGUCCGGCUGACUCGUUAG